AUGGAAGAUGAUUACAUCAGAUUCCAUCCUCAGAACCCCGUGACCUUCAGGGAUGUGGCUGUGAACUUUACCAAGGAGGAGUGGGCCCUGCUGGAUCCUGCUCAGAGGAAACUCUUCCGAGAUGUGAUGCUGGAGAACUACGGGAACCUGGUCUCCAUAGAUUAUGACAUUCAACUUAAAACCAAAGGCUGAACCCCUCAGCAGGAUAUUUUUUCUAAAGAAACAUUUCACAAGGAAAACAGAGUAUGUCUCACAAGCAACAAUUCCCAAUCCUCUACAUUAAGAGAAGAACCUCACAAGGAAAAACAGAGAAAUUUGAAGCAAGUUACAUUUGCCGAAGAGAAAAGAGAGUCUCUGGUUGGAGUCUAUGAACAUCAUGAAAUGAAGGAUAACUCUGAACCCAGCUCAAAGCUUAUGCCUUCACAGAGAGAUUCCAUGAGGAAAUAUAUUAUGAGUGACUCACAUGUUUUAAAACAUAGUCCUGUCUUAAGCAAUAAUCAGCAAAUCUAUAAAAGCAAUGACUAUGAUAGUGAUAGUGUCUCAUGGCAGAACAUUCUGUUGAUGCAGCAUGAGAGAACUCAGGCAGAGCCGAAAUCAAAAUCUUGGACUGAACAUCAGAUCGGUGUGUUUUAUAUGCAUAAUAAAAGUCAUAUGGGGCAAACAUUCAUGAAUGGAACUCAUUUGGAAAAGACUUUGGUAAACUUCACCCUUAAUACAUAGAAGAAAACCCACAUUACAGAGAAAACUUAUGAAUCCAGUCAGUCUGGGAACACCUUCAGAAAUAACUAUCCAUUUUGGGCAGAGGAAAUCCUACACUGCAGCAGAGGCAAAUAAUGAGAAUAAUCAAAGUGAAAAAACCUUUGCCCAAAUUAAAAAUUUUGAUUCAUCCAGAACUAGUUAUGGAGAGAAAAGCUAUAAAUGUUGCCAUUGUGGGAAAGCCUUUGUUUAUCAGUCAUUCCUUAUGAAACACAUGCAAAUUCACAGUGGAGAGAAACCCUAUGAAUGCAAGGAAUGUGGGAAAGCCUUUAGAUAUUCCUUAUACCUUAAUAAACACAUGGUGAAGAGGUCCUAUAAAUGUAAGGAAUGUCGGAAAGCCUACACUACGUCUCCAAAACUUAACAUAUGAAGACUCACACUGGAGAGAAACCCUACGAAUGUAAGGAAUGUGGGAAAGCCUUCACUAAUUCUUUAGGACUUAAAAAAACACGUAAGGACUCAUAGUUGAGAGAAGCCCUGUGAAUGAAAGGACUGGGAAAACCAUUAAUUUUCUCAACAUACUGUACAUAUAAACAUAAAAACCCAUUGCCAUUGAGUCAAUUCCAACUCAGAGUAGAACUGCCUUAUAGGGUUUCCAAGUAGUGGCUGCUGGAUUUGAACUGCUGACCUUUUAGUUAGCAGCCGAGCUCUUAACCACUGUGCCACCAGGGCUCCACACUGCACAUAUAAAAAGGGCAUGUUGGAAGGAAGCUCUAUGCAUUAAUGUGUGUGGGAAAGUCUUCCCUGAAUGUCUUGUCUUACUGAAAAGAAACCUUAUGGAGAUAAGCUCUGUGGAAAGCCUUUCAUCUCUCAUCUUUAGAAGACAUUUGUCCUCACACUAGAGAGGAAAACUAUGAAUCUAAAGAAUAUGGAAAAGACUUCAGUAUUGUCUCAGAAAGAUAGUCCAUUAUAAGAAUUCACACUGGGAAGAUACCUUAUGGGAAUAAGGAAUGUGAGAAAGACUUCUUUAAAUACUCAUCCCUUAAAUUACUCAUGACACCACACACUGAAGAAAUAGUCUAUGAUUGUAGUAAAUAUGAGAAAAACCUUCAUAUUACAACUUUUCACUUACUAAGCACAAAACCAAACCAGCUGCCAUUAAGGCUGUUCCAACUCAUGGCAACCCCGUAUGUACAGAGUAGAACUGUGCUCCAUAAAGUUUUCAAGGCUGUGAACUUUUGGAAGCAGAUCACCAGCCCUUUCUUCCGAAGUGCCUCUGAAAGGGUUCACACCACCAGCCUUUUUGUUAGUAGUUGAAUACUUAACCAUUUCAACUCUACCACUUAUGUUUUAAUCAUUAUAAUUCACUUAUAUCAAUAUGGUCUCAUUUCCAAUGUGAAGCCUUCUUUGAAGCCGUGUUAUUUAAGCUUGAGGUGAGUAUUUUCCAUGAUACCGUUUUUGUUGGUUGUAACUGAGCAGUAUCUAUAUUUGACUGCAUUAUGGUCAGAGUAUGUGGUCUUGCUAUAAUAUUAAUUUGGGAUACUUGUUAUGACUCAUUUUGGUCUAAUGUGACCAAUUCUGUCAGUUGUCUGGUCAUGUCAAUUCUUACCUUCUUUACUAAAGAAACAUAGUUGUUCUUUUUUCCAGAAUAAGUACAGUAUAAUGUUUCCCAGCUUUUCUCAUAGGUGGUGGUCGGCAGAACAACAGUCUUGACCAGUGAGGAGUGGGCAGAAUUCACUGGUUCGGAUUCCUGGAGAGAUGUUGGGAAAAGGAGAGUAUUGUUUUCCUUUUUCUCUUAACCAAGUUCCUUUGCCCUCUCUCCUUGUUGCUCUCUGAAAAUUCAAUGAAAAGCCCUGAGUUGGGACUUGUAACUUUAGAACUAGUGGGAUGAAAGUGACAGUUACCAUGACACAGCCCAAAAUACAAGAUUUCUAGCUCCCCAACGGCACACUUUUGGGGAUCUGCAUCCAAAACAUACUGAAUUUCAGGAGUUGGUACAUGAAACAGAUAAACCUCUAAUUGGAGUAAGAAGCAUUUUAGGGGAGUUAUUUUUAUAUAUAGUAACUCAGAAGUAAAUAAAACCUUAAAUUAUAAACCUAAGAGUGUAGCCAGGUUUUAUGAGUGCUUCUUAUGUGUUUCAAAACUGUGUAUUUGUUGGAUGGAUUCAAGGUUCAUUAUAUGUUCGAAUGAUCAAAUUUCUUAAGAAUGUUUUUAAGUAUCUUACUGGCAGAAUGUUUGUCUCAAUCGUCUAUUGAGUGAGUUUGCAAUAAAAUAUCCCAUUCUAAAAGUGGAUCAUUGGGUUCUUAAACUUUUGUCAUUUCUUAAUAUAUUUAUAGACAGUGUUGUUAGGUGCAUAGGGUUUUGGGUGUUCUCUUUAUUACAGAUGAAUUGUUCUUCCUACUUUCAUGUUUUACCUAUCUUUUCUACUAACAAUGAUUUUUUUUUCCAUUCAUAUAAGGGUAAAAGUUUAUAUGCCCCUUACCAUGAACAAACCUUCUAAGUUCUUUAUGUAUUGUUAUGGAUUAAAUUGAGUCACCCAAAAAUAUA